GAUUUCACAGAUCGGUCACAUCUUAUUAUUGACUAACACUUUGUUUGAUUAGCUUUAUUAAAAUAGAAUUCUUUGAUUUAUUAAAAGGAGAGAGUCCAUUCUUCAUUCUUCUCUUGAGCUGGAAAGAAGCAGUUUAGAGCAAAUGCACGAGACCUUGAGGCCGUAUCUCAUGCAGACUAGUUCUGUGUCAGAGGAGAGGGGGAAAUGACUUUUGGUGGAAAACAGUCGUUUCAUACCGUUACACUUGUGUACCACACACUUGAAGCUUUACUGCCCGCUUUCUCCGAGUGCACUUUGCUGAAGACCGCAGGGCGAUAUUGGGAUUGUGACGUGACUUUUCACUAUCAGCUGCCAAUCAGAGCUCCGCCGCAGGUGGACGAGCUCAAAGCUUCACUAUCACCUUGAACUCCACCAGCAGGUGGUGCUGGUCCAGAAUCAGCUCUGACAUGAGAUAACACACUGCCCCCUAGUGUUCAGCUGCAGGAUUGUCAUCAAAACAUCUCACAGGUGCACCAGGAGAUCAAAAACCACAAUCUAAGUCCUGAACAGUCACUGGACCUGAAUCCCACAUUUCAGCAGAUCAUCAGUCUAGCAUGAUUCUACUCUGGAGGAUCCAAACAUGUUCAGCAGGAAGCAGCGAUGGCUCCGGAUGGUCCAGAACACACUCUCACUGAGCUCUGAGCUCAUUCUGCUAAAGGACCAUCCAGAUGUUUGACCGGCCUACAUGGACAGAUCUGUUUCUCCUCCUCUGGAUCAGUGGUCAUCAUGGAGUUUGGUGGUCCCCCAUUCUAGAUGUUCCCACUAAUCCCUGUCCCAUCCUGGAAGAUCCUUCCUCCCCUUAACUCACGGAACAGCUGAAUCUCUGGGUUCUUGCUUUGAGGUCAGACCUUUUGGCUCCGCCCCCUCCCCCCUCUAUGAUCCACCUAUAAAUCCUUAAACCAAACCAGAAAGGGGCCAUUUUUUACCUUUCAGACACAAUCAGCUGAUCUGCUGAAACAAGUCCCGCUGUCGUUUGUUUGGGUCUGGAUGAGGCAGAGAAGUGAUCCGAUGUGGGAGCAACACAGAACAUCAGGCAGAAUAUUUUUAGGAUCUUGUUCCACACCUCCACCUCCUCCAUCCCUCCAUCACAAGCACUGAUGGCUGCGUUCCUCUCUCUCUCUCUCAUCACUUUCAGCAGCUUGUGAGGAAGAGUAGUAGGAGGAGGAAACAGGGGAGUAAAGCCGAGCUGAGAGUCUGAUUUUUCCUCUCAGCUGGAUUCUCCUGCAGCAGCUCAGAACGUUGGAGCUCUGAUUCUCUGAUGGAGUUGGAUUUCCCUUUUCUCCUCCAAACCAAACCACUGCAUUCUUCUGGUUUUAGAUGCAUCAUCAUCUCCUGCAGGCUAUUUCAGAGCACCAGCACGGACUGAAUUUACCCAGAAAGCUUUGCUGCUGGAUGUCUACAAGACACUGCUCACUGGAAUUAGAGAAGAUUACCCUCAUUAAUCCUAAAGAAGGUCUGUGAAGUGAUGGAGAAGCAGUUUGGUUGAGGAGGGGAAGGAACCCUGAUGAAGAAGCUACCUUCGGACCAGUGAACAUCCGUUUGGGUCCAUUCUCCACCCAUCAGAUGUGAUGCUUUUAUGCCAGUCAGCUGUUCUUUCAGCUUCCAGAGUCAGAAGGUUUCGCUUCUUCAGGAGAUGGCGGCAGCCAUCGCCAGCUCUCUGAUCCGACAGAAACGCCAAGCUCGCGAGGCCAACAACGAAAAGGUUGCCACCAGCAAGAAGCGCUCGAGUCCCAGUAAAGACCCGAGGUCUCUCUGUGAGAGACACGUCUUCAGCGUCUUCAGCAAAGUUCGCUUCUGCAGCAGGAAGAAAAAGCCAGUCCGCCAGAAACCAGAUCCCCAGCUGAAGGGCAUUGUGACUCGUCUCUACAGCGAGCAGGACUUCUACCUGCAGAUGCUGCCUGAUGGGGCCAUCAGCGGCUGUAAGGACGAGAACAGCGACUACACUCUGUUUAACCUGAUCCCGGUGGGUUUACGGGUCGUUGCCAUCCAGGGAGUGAAGGCGGGACUCUACGUGGCCAUGAAUGCUGAGGGAUUCCUCUACACAUCAGAUAUUUUCACACCAGAGUGUAAGUUCAAAGAGUCGGUGUUCGAGAACUACUACGUCAUCUACUCAUCCACGAUCUACCGGCAGCACGAGUCGGGCCGCGCCUGGUUCCUGGGUCUCAACAAAGAGGGAACCAUCAUGAAGGGGAACCGUGUGAAGAAAACUAAACCGUGCUCGCACUUUGUCCCCAGACCCAUCGAAGUCUGCAUGUACAAGGAGCCAUCUCUGCACGAGCUUGAAGAGAAGCUGCUGAAGUCCUCACGAAGCCCGACACUGAACAGCGGCCGUGCCAGGAGCCUUGACCGACCAUCGCGGCAGGCUGCCGACUCCUCCACAGAGCGAGAGGCGUCGUAGCCUGCAGUGCCCUCUGCAGGAGGAGGAUGACUAGGAGGAGAACUCCCAUUAUACACUUCCUCUGUUCAACAACUACAACCACACCAACAACCACCAAGAAAACAAUGGCAAAACGAGAAUAAGAAGCUAAAAAUCCAGAGGAAGUUUCUCUUGCUUGUGAUGAAAUAUUUUAAGUCAACGGGGAGGGGUGAGGGGAUUGCUCGAUAAUGAAAAAAAAUCAGGACGUAGAUGAUGGAGUUUUACAUUUUAUGCAAAAAGUCCUGCUGAAUUGGUGCCAGGAGGCUAGCACACCUACUCUCCAUCAACACAUUGUAAUCAUUUCCUUCACAACGACAAAAAUGCUUGCCGAGUCGAGUGUUGAGAACUCUGAAGCUUUAAGCCAUGUAGAAACUUCACUUUCUGUCAUUUCGUAAUGUAUGCAGAAAUUUUCGCACUUUUCACACGCUGUGCUUCUUAUUCUUCUCUCUGUAGUUCAAGUCUAAUCAGGAGAAGAUUCUGUUUUGUCUUACUUAGCUGCCACAUCUUGAUUGAUUUAGUUGUUUUUAUAGGUUUGAGACUUAUUUUAGGUCUAGUCACAGACACUGCCGAUUAAAAAAGUCCAAAAGCGAGUAAGUCCAGAAAGACUUCUGGUCCGCCUGGGUUGGACUGCUUCCACUGAACAGGGACCAUCGGGUAACCUGUUUUUGAUGUUACAAACCAGAGGAUUGGAGUCCCCUUUGGGUUUGUUUCCGUUCACAACAGUUGCAUUUUUGCAUGCUUGAAACUAGCCAACAGUGUUAGAGUGAUUUCUCCCCUUCCACAAAGUUGCUCCUUUCUCUGAAAAUCAUCUUCAGUUGUGACAUCUCUGCAGGAGGAUUAAAAAUAGGCUUGGUAUCAAGAAGGUUUGGGGUAAAUAAAAACGUUCAGAAUCGCUUUAAUAUUACGUAAUUGUUGGUAAACCUAUUAGGACAUAUUCAUUAGGAUUUAUAUUUAUUAUAAACAGAAAUACUCCAACUAAACCUUAACCUAACCCCAAGAUCCAGGUUCAGGCCUUUGCACAACAAGUCUGUACUUAACAUCUCAUAUUUUUACUGGGUAAAAAACAAAAGUAAAAUAUUAAAGCAGUUAUUUACACACUAAUGCUGGAGCUGUCCUCCAGUUUUUCAGAUUUUCAUUUAAUGGUUGACUGGUUUAAAGGGAUACUAAACAGAUUAGGCUUGCUUUUAGCACCCCCUAGUGUCCGUUAGUAAAAACAAAAUUGAAACUUAUCUCCUCGCUGUGUGUUCGUCUUAAUCUGACUGCUGAAAUGUCUCCUCAGCCUUUACUCGUUUCUACGGGAGCAAUCCAUCACUAAAUUAAACAAAUCAGCUGUGUUCUAGAUCAAAAACAUGCAGGAAAUGUGCUGGAAGCAGACUAAAAAGCCAAGCAUGUUAGCUUCACUUUACUAAGUCCAACCGGGACAGGAAGUUGCAAGUGCCAUGUUCUGGUCACGGGGGCGGUGGGGGUCUGAGUGACAUUUCAUUGAACCUGUAAAAGGAUCAUCUUAGCACAUACUGGCUCAAGAAAAUGAUUUUAAAAUAUGAAAAGGUUGAUUUGAAUGCCUUUAAAAAGUCACAAUAUUGUGUUUUUUCUCCUCUGGUCAACCUAAAACUGCAGCAAAUGAUGAUAAAAGUGUCAGAUUUUAGAUAUGACAGUCAUACUAAGUUAGUAGACAAAGCAGAAUACGUCUAAUAUUUAGUAUGAUUCUUGAUCUUUGGUGAGCUAAAGACCAGACAGACCCACUGCUGGCAGCUUUUAGCGAUCAUUUUUAAAAUGUGUACAGAUGUUGUGUGCAAAGGUCUUUGUGCCUUGUUUCAACAUUCAUGUAUUUAUAACAUCCAAUCAUAUAGGCAUUGUUGCAAUCAGACAGGUGUGAGGAAGUUCACCUUCUUGUCUAGAUUUUAUGUCAAAUAUAUAGAAAAUUGUUGCAUGAAGUUUGUUAAUCAUAUAGGCAAUGCUUGACAGCAAAAAAAAUGAUGGGAAGCUGUACAACAGAAUUCUCAAAUCUUCAACAUCUCAGUUCCUAAAUUACAUCAUUUUUUUAUUUCAAAGACUUAUAGUAGAAGUUGUUGCAUUACUCACGUAUUCUACAAAUAUACUCACAAAACUGCUCUUUUUUCAGAAGCUGUUGAAAAACAUUCAUCCUAAAACAGGUGUUGUUCCUUGUGUUGACCACUAGGUGGCAUAUUCCAUAACUCGGAUAGAAUUUCACACACAAAACAUGUCCGUGUUAAAAGGAUGCAUUAGGCAUUAACCAGAACCUUAUAAAUGAUGCCUGUCCUCAUUAGGACUGAGAUGUGGUUCCAGUAAGAUCUCAUGGUCUUCUUACUGAUGGUUACCUCUCAAGGUCCCCAAAAGUAGCAAAAAUAGGAACAUGCACACACUUAUUCAGGAAACAGCAUCCAGGAAACGCUGAAUGAAGAGAUAAUUGAAAAAAGGUGAUCAAUUAAUGACUGCAACUACUGUGACUCUGCAGCAGACAGGAAAGUAAAGAAAUUAAGUACAACCAACUUUUCUAAUGAAAUUGGAUUAUUUGAGGGUGGCAACUCACAUCAGUAGAUUGAAAAUGUAGCAACUGUUGAAUCUGUAACGCUUUUGUUUGCAAAUUUUGUAGUUGAAGCAUUGAAGCAGCUGAAACACCCCCGCCCCUUCAAAAACAGUUAAACCCAGAAACAUCGAAGCACAGAAGCAGGGACGGAUGAUUUCCACAGAAACAGCUCACGGUGUAAACUUUCAAAUCGAGAGGUGAAAAAGGAAAAAAGCUGAAGUGUCUGUGAUGAGGCUGUGGAAGUGCUUCGUGAUGCGUUCAGGGCACGUGCUUCCCAGCGCUGAAACGUUGUAGACAGUAAUAUUGCAUGAUUUAUUGUCUAAAAGUACAACGGCACUUGCAAGCACUUAGAUUUUUAAUAUUUUAUUGAACACUAACAGCAAAGUUGUGUUACUCUGAUCCAGCCUGAAAGGGACUGGAGAGGCCCCGCCCACACAGCUGUAACCUUAGAUAAGACCAUGUAACGUGCUUUAUGAUUAAUGGUCUGCUAUGUCAUAAUAUGCCAAUGGAUGAGGUUUUAAGCAUCGGGCUGACAGGUUAAACAUAUGACUGCUUUCUUUUACUGUUGUGAGGUUCUCAGGAUGCUGAUUGGUGUAGAGUAAUUAAGACCACGCCCCUUUCAGUGUAUUAGAUAACCAUGGGAGGAGUUUGUUUAUGGAUUGUGUAAGGAAUUUCAGAGGUGUGAGGGAUCUCAUUUGGAUCAGAAUCAGCUGGUCCUCCCCUGGUUCUGACUUCAUCGAGGUGCGUUUUUGUGUCAGCUGAUGGGAGGUUUUGGUAGCAGGUUUUAACACUGCCCUGAAAACUGAAGCUAUUUCAGUUCGACGUCACAUGAACCUCAUGGGCCAACUAAAACACUUCCUGCGACUUCCAAAAUAAAAGACAGAAAACCAGACAAACAUCAGAAAAAUCUUAAAGCAACUUCACUAAGAUUGUCCUUCCAGUUUAUGUCCCCGCCUCCUACCCAUCUUGGAUCGUGAUGUUCAGACUGAGUCACUGCACUGCCCUUUGACCUUAGUCCUCCUCUCAGACUCAAACCCUUUAACUCCUUUCUGAGUUACCAGCCGGGCCUCAUAAAAACAUGCUGUCAGCAUCCAGAAGCUUUCACUGCCUCCGCCGAGAGAUAAACACCUGAGAGUCACCUGAGCAUCGUUUUGGUUCUGUUUGGCUUUCAUUCGUCAGAACUCUGGUCCCAUCGGGUUUUACAGGUUUGGAUAAGAGUUUUGAAACACCGGACAGCUUUUGAUUCGAGGGUUUUUAGGAAGACAGGUCGCCUCCCGUCGGCUGACAGACUAAAACUAGCAAAACUGGUUUUUAAUCAGUGAUUGUUUUUUGCUGCACAUGGAGAACAAUGAUCACUCUUGUCAGCGCAUGCCUCACACAGUUUAAGAUGUCCUAGUGGGCGGGGCCAAGGAAAGUGACUCUCAUUGGCUGCAGGCAGCAGGCGUUCAGUUCUGUUGCUGAAUAAAAACAGUCAAAAUAAAGGAAACGUAUGAACCAAUCAGAAGCCACUCAUCUGCCUCGGAGAAAGUCGAGAAAGUCUUCCAUUUUUGUGUUUCUGUUAGACCACAAGGAUUGUAGAGACCAGCAGGACCAGACAGGAGGUUUCACCAUUUCUUGGUCCAGAAUGUUCCGAGUGAAAUUGUCUAUAAUGUUGCUCUGAGAGAGAAAUACGGGUGUUUUCUGUUGCAUGUUUUGCUCUGGACCUGUAGGGGGCGCCGUUGCUGCAGGGCCCAUUUCGUCCUGGGUUUGUUGGGGGCACUGUUAUCCUGCAAACGGGAAUGGAGGACUGAAAACUGUGUCCGCACCUUCUCUGAGACUUCAUUUAAAUGCUUCAUGUAGAAAACCAUCGCAAAAACGCAGCAGGAAGAAAAAUAUAAAUAAAAACAAAACAACAUGACAACA